ACCAAUGGACAUUGUGAAUACUUCAAAAUUUAUCAUAUAGCAAGCGCGUAAACGUCAUUUACGGGAAACGUCUAAUUUCCUUAUGUGUUACAUUUUUCUGUAAUCGAAAUUUUUUAAACUAAAUUUUAGGUUCAAGAUGUCGGGAGUCACGAAAAAUCUCUUCAGCGCCAUAUCUGACCCCAAACCCAUGACCUCUAGAAAGGUCACUGUCGUUGGUAUAGGAGCAGUAGGUAUGGCUACUGCGGUCAGUUUACUAUGUCAGGGCAUUUCUAAUGAUAUUUGCCUUAUUGAUGUCAUGGAAGAUAGACUGAAAGGGGAAAUGAUGGACCUUCAGCAUGGAUCUCUGUUCUUGCACAACCCAAAAAUCCACGCGAGCAAAGAUUUUAAAAGUUCGGCUGGUUCUAAGGUGUGCAUUGUGACCGCCGGCGUUCGACAACAAGAAGGCGAAAGCCGUUUGGAUCUAGUUCAAAGGAACGCCAACAUAUUGAAAACCACUAUACCAGCUCUUUGUCAACAUUCGCCGGACGCCAUCCUCAUAAUAGUCAGUAACCCAUGCGAUAUUUUGACUUACGUAGCCUGGAAGCUCAGCAAAUUGCCCGUGAACAGAGUUUUUGGUUCCGGCACCAAUUUGGAUUCAUCCAGGUUCAGAUUCUUGAUUGCCCAGCGAUUGGGCUGUAGUACGUCCAGCGUCCACGGGUGGAUCAUCGGAGAGCAUGGAGAUUCAAGUGUUCCCGUUUGGUCGGGCGUAAAUAUAGCCGGAGUCCGUUUGAAGGACAUCGCUCCCAAAAUGGGAGACGACGAUGAUCCAGAGCUUUGGAAGAAGGUCCACAAGGACGUUAUCGAUGCCGCCUAUCAAAUUAUCAAAUUGAAAGGAUUCACCAAUUGGGCGAUUGGUCUCAGCGCUGCUGCCCUAACGAAUACAAUUUUGACGAAUCAACAUAAUGUACAUGCUGUUUCCGUUAUGGUUAAGGGUCGGCAUGGUUUAGAUUACGAAGUGUUCCUCUCUUUGCCAGCAGUCAUCGGCGCCAAUGGCGUAGAAAAGGUGGUAAUGCAACAUUUAGCCCCCAACGAAAGAUGCGCCUUGAAAUUUUCUGCGGCCAUGCUGUCUGAAAUUCAAUGUGGUAUCAAAUUAUAGAUUUUGAAAAAGCUGUAAAAACAGAAAUUGUGAAUGUAACGUGAAAUGUACAAAAUAGUUUUUAAACGUCAAUAAUUUU